GUUCACCUUUCCCCAACCAGAGGUCGCCUCACCCGUACAUCAUGCGAGGACUCUUUAGACUCGCGGCCUGCCUUCUGGGCUUACUAUCAUCCGUGGUCGCCAAGUCGAGCACGGGGAACUCUGUGCUCGUUGUCGUCGACCCCAAGAACCGGGACCUUUACACGACCUUCUUCAAUGGCCUCGAGAGCCAGGGAUACCAGCUCACCUUCCGCGCGCCGAAGGACGAGGCUCCUCUUAUUAUCCAGGAUGAUUACCCAACGUUUGCGCACGUCGUCUACUUUGCGCCUGACACCAAAACCCCCGCAAAGGACAUCACCCCCCAAACGCUCGUUGAGCUGGCGAAGCAGAACACCAACCUCCUCAUUGCGCUCUCACCCAAGCAGACGCCCAUUUCCACUCUUGCAGCCGAGUUCUCGCUCGUCCUCCCCCCGCCCGGAACACCCCUCAUUUCGCACUUCCCCGAGCGCAAUGGGCCGCGUACAGUUGUGCCCAUCGCGCCGCCGCAAGGGAAUCCGAUCGUGACCGAGGACCUCGCGCCGGUGUGGUUCUCAGGCGUCCCGUUCGCGCUGGGGAACAACCCGCUGCUGGUACCCGUACUGAACGCGCCUGCACACAGCUUCGCUACUGACACGGAGACGGACGCUGGCGCGAGCGCCGUGGUCGAUGCGGCGGGCAAGGGGGGCGAAGGCCUGUGGGCCGGGAGCUCGAUGGGCGUCGUCGCGGGCUUCCAGGUGGUGAACGGGGGCCGCGUGAUGUGGGUUGGCGGUACGGAGAUGUUCACGGAUGAGUUUGCGCAGAAGGAGCUGCCUACGGGUGGCCUGCCUGGCAAUGCGCAGUUCGUGCAGGACAUUGCUCGCUGGACGUUCCAGGAGACGAUGGUCCUGCGCAUCGACGAGACCUCGCACCACCUUGUGAACGCGACGGAGCCUAAGGAAGCGUACACAAUCAACGACAACAUCGUCUUCACCGCCAAAAUCUCGAAGUACAACCCAGAGACGGCUGCCUUCGAGCCGUACCCUGGCAUCAAUGACCUGCAGCUCGAGUUCACGAUGCUCGACCCGCAUAUCCGCACCGCGCUGCCUCCUGUACCGGGCACCCCGGGCGAAUACUCGACAACAUUCCGCGCGCCGGACCGCCAUGGCGUCUUCAAAUUCGUAGUCGACUAUAGGCGGAAGGGCUGGACCCACCUCCAAAGCUCAACGACGGUCCCCGUCGUGCCCCCACGCCACGACGAGUACCCGCGCUUCCUGAGCGCGGCGUGGCCGUACUACACAGGCGCCAUCAGCACCAGCGUCGCGUUCUUCCUGUUCUCCGCGUUCUGGUUAGCGAGCGACACUCGGGACUCGCGGAAGGGCAAGGCGAAGGCGGAGUGAGCACGUCGCAUAUAGCUUAGCAGGCAGACAGACGCCCGGAUGUAUGUAUGGCACGCCCCAAUGCCCAUUGCGUCCCAUAC